AUGCCCGUGAUCGCCCUCGUUCAAGGCUUCAAACUCUGUGUCACCAAACUUGACGACUUUCUCAUCGCAGGCAAUGUUCCCCCGAGUUGUAGAUAUCGGCUCUUCCCACGCGACAUGGCAGCCACAGCGGAUCUCUUUACAACUAAAGGCGUCGACUGCGAAGUCCGAGUUUUCGUGCCACAAAGGGAGGGAUACAGCCUCACGACGUAUCUAUUCGUCUGCUGCAAGUGGCUCUAUAUGCACAGCGCGAGAAAAGUCAAGCCAUAUAUGUUGCCAAAUCCAGUGCCGGCCUCUUUUGAAGCCGUACGCAAGUCGCUUCAGGCUGACUCGGACGUCUCAUGGUAUAUUGUGCACAACGAGGAGGACUUUUUUUUGGGCAUACCAGAAGAAUUAAUUGCGCCUUUCACUUGCGGCCUAUGCGAUACAGUCUUCAGUCUCUGGGAUGACCGAACGAAGCGUCGCCGUGACGAGCAUGGAUUAUCAGAAGGCACGAACCCAUUGCCUGAUUGCUAG